ACGAAGCAUCAUGGGGCCCAUAGACGGCUGCUUGGUUGGAAUAGGAUGUGGCAUCUUGCUUUGUAUUGCGCUCAGGUUUUAUAUGCUCAACCUUCUCUUUUUUGUUGCAGGAAUAAGCAUAACUGUUUUGGGUUCGACUAUUUUUAACAAUCUGCUGAUUUGUGAUCAUGAGGCUAAAAUCUUAGCAAUAAGUAUUAUAUCAACUGGAGUAAUCAACAUCCCAGUUUCAUUUUUGGGCUGCUAUGGAGAAUUCAAAAGGACACCGUGGGUAAUGAAGACAUAUGGAGCCCUUCUUUUCAUCCUUUUCGCAGUCCAACUGACUGGUGGCAUCUUAGCAUUAUCUUACCAAGCGGAACUUGAGACGGAAUUCAAGAAUUCACUGACAAGCAUGGCCAAGCUUUAUUACCUUCCCGAUUUUGGAGGAGAUCAGUUCGCUAAGGACGCCUGGGACAAAAUGCAGAGCGAACAGUUUUGUUGUGGCGUCGAAUCUUUCAGGGAUUGGAUGCAGAACAGGCCUGAGCUGCAACCCGCAAUCGCUCCUGAGUCGUGCGAUUGCACCAAUGAUCAAGACGGAUGCGACCCCAGCCUCCAGAUUUUCAUCAUCGGUUGCUAUACGAAGAUUCAACCCUUCCUCGGCCAGCAGAUCCAUACACUUGGAUCAAUUGGAAUUGCAGUUUCCCUCUUUGAGUUGUUGGCUGGAGUGUUUGCGUUUAAGAAAAGAGAUGACUCUUUUCUUCGUUUCUAUUAA